AUGUCUGACUGGUCAGAAUCAGCUAAUGGAUCUUCUCAAAUGGAUGCUCUCUCCUUGGAGUCCACCAGCAAGGAAGCCUACUUCAGCAGAGUAGAAACAUUCACCCCGCUGAAGUGGGCAGGCAAACCCCACGAACUGUCUCCCCUGGUUUGCGCCAAGUACGGCUGGACCAAUGUAGAGUGUGACAUGCUGAAGUGCUCCAGCUGCCAGGCCUUCCUCUGCGUGAGCCUGCAGCUUGCGUUUGACUUCAACAAGUAUAAGGAGCGUUGCAUGGAGCUGAAGAAGGCCUUGUGCACCGCACAUGAGAAGUUCUGCUUCUGGCCGGACAGCCCCUGCCCAGAUCGUUUUGCCAUGUUGCUGGUGGAUGAACCCAGAGCCCUUCUCCAGGACUUCCUGGACCGCUUUCAGAGCCUGUGUCAGCUGGAGCUUCAGCUGCCCUCCCUCAGACCAGAAGACAUGAAAAAUAUGUCCCUGACAGAGGAGAAGAUCACUUUGCUCCUCCAGCUGAUCGGGGAGGAACUGGAGCACAAAACGGAGGGAGAGAAACCGCCGAUGAAGUUUGCCACGGAAAUCCUGCAAGUGCACGUUCCUGCCUGCAUCCUGGCUCUGUGCGGCUGGACUUGCAGUGCUGCGUCUGGCUCCGUGCACCUCUCGGUGAUCACCUGCUCCCGCUGCAUGAGGAAGGUGGGACUGUGGGGCUUUCACCAGCUGGAGUCUGCAGGGCCGGAGCUGGACUCCUGCGGCCCGAGCAGUGCUCCGCCGACACCCACUGAACGCUUCCCGCUCGUGCCCAUGUCUCCGCGCAGGAUGCUCACGCGGAGCCAAGACACGCUCCCUCCGGGCUCUGAGCAGCAUGAGAAGAGCCCGUCCCCAGCAAUCCCUCGCCCGCGGGGUUGGGACUCUCCCAUCCCCAUGGACCGGAGUGAGUUGGAGGUGGUCAGCCCCACUCUGAGGAGCCGCCCUGUCACCCGCAGUAUGGGGCAGGGGGAGAACGUGGAGGUGCCAUCCAGUCCUCUUCGCAGAGCCAAACGGGCACGGCUCUGCUCUUCUAGCAGCUCGGACACUUCUUUGAGGAGCUUCUUUGACCCCAGCUCUCAGCACCGUGACUGGUGUCCCUGGGUCAAUGCAGUGGAUGGAGGAGAAACCCUGGAGGAUACCAUGACCCAGACAGAGAAGGAGCCUGCAAAGGCAGAGCCGGGCUGGCGAGUGGUACUGAACACGCUCCUCGCCACCAGAAAGUGCGACAGAGUGCCUGAGACGGAGCCUGUGAGUCUCUCGGUGAAGUCCUGCAAGGUGUUCCGCAUUUUCCGGCAGUGGGAGAGCAUGAAUUCUUCCUGA